AUGGCGCGCACCGCCGUCAGCAAUCGUGCCGCCACCCGGUGGACGGUGCGCAUCAUACCCUUCUUCAUAGUCGCCGCGUUCGUCCUCGGCACAUACGCGGUCGUGGGACGCCUCUGCGUGCAAUAUCUCUACCGGCAAAAGGGCAAGUCUGGGCUCGUCGCCGCCCUUCUUGUUCUCUACUUCCUCUUCUUCAUAUUGUCCGUCGCCACGUAUCUGCGCACCUUUCUCACCGUCCAGCUCAACCCGGGCCUGGUCCCGUUACUGCACGAACGCGACUCCGCCGACGAGAAGCGACGCGCUUCGACAUCCCGGCGCGGGAGGGACCCCGAGGCGAACCCAUGGGUGCCUCCCGAUUCGAGCCCCGACAGCCCUGGCCUCGAGGCCUUCUACAGCAAGGACGUCUUCGUCUGCGAGGCGGACGGCCGGCCGAAAUGGUGCUCCGACUGCAGACAAUGGAAGCCGGACCGCGCGCAUCACUCUAGUGAACUGGGCCGCUGCGUCCGGAAGAUGGAUCACCUGUGCCCCUGGGUCGGCGGCAUGGUGUCCGAGACUUCCUUCAACUUUUUCGCCCAAUUCACCAUGUAUACCACUUGUUUCUGCUCCGUGUGUGUCGCAGUAGGAGCAUAUUGCCUGAAACUCCAGAACGGCGACGGUCGCUCCACGGACGGCUGGGUCAUCGCCGUCAUCGUGCUGUCGGCAUUGUUCGGCUUCUUCACCUUCGCCAUGGCGCUGACAUCGCUCCGCUUCAUCUUCACAAACAUCACCAACAUCGACAUUCUUAGGAAGAGGCAGCAGUUCUAUCUCGCGGUCCGCGUGCCUCGCCAUAGCCUCAAGCCGAACAACUUCCCCACAAUCGUGUAUCCGCUCCAGCCAUGGCCGCCGGAGCCGCCGCCGCCGGCCAACGCCCUGCCCGAUCACAGCCUUGCAGCGAGGGACGACCAAGCCAAGCGCGUGUUUGCCAUCCUGCGUACGGAGCCGAGUCAGAACCCAUGGGACCUCGGUUACUGGAGAAACUGGAAGUCAGUCAUGGGCAACUCGCCGAUCGAGUGGCUGCUCCCUAUCAAGCACUCGCCCUGCUGCAACCACGAGAGCAUGGCGAGCGACUAUCCCUUUGGCCCGCUGCUCGACGACUUACGGGAGAAGCACGGUGUUCCGGAGUUGCGCGAGGAUAGUCCUGGUCGGGUGGAGAUGCAGCAGACUGACCCACGCGCGUAA